AAAUAGAAUAAAAUUUUAAAAUGGCGGACGAUAUUCGUUUGAAAUUAAUUGAACAAAAUCGUAGAAACUGGGAGUCCGUUGUUAUUGCUGUAAACAAUGCCUUAGUAUAUAUUGACGAUAAUAUAGCAGAGAUUCUUCACUGGUCCCAAAUGACUUUAGAAAUGAUUAAUGCGGGAGCACUACGAGUACAAAGUAUUGAAAGGGGUAAGAGUGGAUUUGAAGAUGAACAAAAAGUUGUGUUUAUAACAAGCUCCUUAUUGCCUGGAAAAAAAUUUGAAAAACUUCAAAAACUCGUUGAAUCAAGCUAUUUCCAGUCCUGUUCAAUAUUUUGUACUGUAGCCGAUGAAAAUGUGUCUGUUCUGAUUAAGCAAGGAGAAAAUGAGUCAUUUUAUGCAAAACUGGAAGAAAAAGUUUCUGAAUGGAUGGAUCACAAGUUUUCAACAGUUGAUAUUCAAUAUAUACCAUGCUUUUGGGCCAACAUUGUUCCUGGUGUAUUCCUUAUUCCACAAUUUACAAAGUUUUUUCCCAUCUUGCCAUCUGAUGUACCAACCAUGACAGAGUUGAUGAAAACCAAGGGUGACCAAAAAAAAUUAACAUCUUUAUCGGAAGUUGAAAUACAUCACACUCCAAAAUCAUUUCAAAUGAAAUUAAAGCUUCUGGCGUUAGCGUUCAGUGAGCUUUUAAAUGAAUCGGAGUUACACGAAGAUUGUUAUGCAAUUGGUCAUACUUCCAAAUUACUAGCUAGUGAACUUGCUAGUCUAUCAUCUGCAAAAAUGAAAAAGAAUAUCAAAGGUCGCUGUUCCGUCUUAUUCAUAGAUCGUACAUUAGACUUAGUUCAAAUAUCGUCAAAAUGCAAAGACAAUCUUGGUGAUAAAAUAUUUGAUUGUCUUCCAAAGCUUCCUGGCCACAAUAUUGACGUUGCUAUUGAUUUAUCCAGUCUUUUUACAUCUGUAAGUAAAAACAUUCUUCCGCCCGGAUCAUUGUGCCAUAAAUAUCAAGAAAAAGAAGCACAUUUUUUAUUGUCAUCACUAAUUACAGACAGUAAGCAGAACAGCAUAACCAAACUAUACAAAAAAUUAACGGAGAUCUUGAAAGAGGAAUCUAUUUCCUUUGUGGAUGAAGAUUUUGGAAAAGUGACGCCAAAGAAACUUUUGUCUUUAAUGAAUUAUUUUAGGGAUAACAUAAAACUGUUCAUAAAGCAUUCUGUUGUCCUUCAACUUGCAAUGGCAGUCAUCAAUAGUUCAAAAGUAGAGGAAAAUUCAAAUAUUGAGGAGAUUCAAAGUGCAGAGAAGGUACUUCAAUUAAGUUUGAAUGAAGAAGAUUCUCCCAGCUGUUAUUCGCACAUUCUCUUACUUUUAAAGAACGUUAGAGAAGGUAUAAGGUCUUUUUGUCUUGAAGAUAUUUUGUUGUUUUUGGUUUACACUCAUUCUUUGGUUGGAGAUAAUAGUUAUGACGUAUCACAUUCUGAAGAAGAAGAAUUGAAGUUAAAAAAUGAAAUCAUGAAUGACGUUUUGGCUGGCAAGUUGAAAGUCAAGACAAAAUUUAUCAUUGACGACGAAAAAGACAGUAAAAAUGUAAAACGAAAUAAAAUUAUUGGAUGUCUACAGAGAAUUUUUCUUUUGAAAAAAUUACGAACGGAUUUAUCAUCCUUCAGGGAUUUGUUUACGAAUACGUCAUCUAAGCAUGAUUUGCUGUCCUAUGAAUCUUUGAUUAAGCAGGUCUUACAAAAGAUUUUUGAUCCAAGAAAAACAGAAAUAAAUGAUAUUGAGUUCAAGUCAGUUCGUCUCAAAGAUUUCAUCAAGAGUGGAUUCAGCUUGUUCUUGAACGUCUCAAAGCCUCAUCCUUGUGAUCAUCCCAUUCUUAUCAUUUUUGUCGUCGGGGGAUUAACGUGUUCUGAAGUUCAACAAAUUCAGGAGUUUUUGUCUACUCACGAUGUAAAAACUCAGGUAAUUGUUGGCAGUACCAAAAUGUUGACUUCAUCUGAUUUACUUAAACAUUUAUUUUCUCAAGAAAACGAUCUUUAUAUGAGCUGUUGAUGACUGGGACAAUAGCAAGUUUAAUAAAUGCUAUUUUAUAACUAAUAUACUUGACCACUGGUAAACAUGACUUUGGUUUAAGACUGGAGAUUUAUAUUGUUCUUCUAGUGGAGCAACUAAAUUUAAUCAUUCUGCCCAGUAAAUGCAAGUAUGAAAAUUUUAAGUAACUUGUCAAUUUUGUGUAUGUUGUAAGAUCUCUAAACUUUACGGCUUAUUGAAACAUAAUGAAAAAAUAAAAUUUUCUUGAACUUUCA